GACGAAAAUACGACUAAUGCGAUAACACCUUCAUCAUCUCCGGGUGGUACUACUGAUUCGCAAUCCAGCGCCACAGGAACAGUAACUGAUGAAAUAGGUGUUUCCUCGUCCAACAGUCUUAUCCCCAUCACUGAGCAUUUCUUCACAACUGAGUUAGUAACUUUUGAUUAUACGACACCAAAGUUGACAGGAUCACCAGGAGCUGCUUCAGAAUCAUCUACGAAUAUGCUUACUACACCACCUGUGGAUAUGGUGACUACUUUUAUAUCUACCACAGAUGACGGGUUUCAGACCACAUACCUGAGAACAUCAGAAGGAACAGGUAGUACGGCAUAUACCAUAUUAGACUUUACGGAAAACAUGACCACGUAUUCCCCGACCUCUACUGAAAUAACUAAUGGGGACUUAAGAACUUCUGACGGAGAAGGGACUAAUAUCCCAGACACAUCUACAGCAAGGGUAUAUACUGAAGAAACUCAUAGUACAGACUUACCAGUUUCUGAAAUGGUCACCGACACUGAUAUGACAUCAACGUCAACUGUUUCCACGACAACUGAGCAAGAUUCCAUUAUUUCAACUUCUACAUAUCUACCAGGUACAACCAUUGAAACAUCUACACCUCUUACAGAAAUAAUCGAAACAUCACGUCUCAUGGAGAGUACAUCAAGGAAUGGCUUGACAUCUUACGACACAACGGUUCAUGAGAAAGUCACGACCGCGAAACCGACAGAACCCAAGGAAACUGAAUCGCCAAAGACUACUAAACAAUACUCUUCUGGUCCAUCGACCACUGCUAUUACUGCUACUGUUUCUGGGUCAGCUGCUACAACAGAUAAAGCGCAAGUCACAUCCACGCAAAGUACUUUAACAACAUCUCGAAAGACCACGAUUCCUGGGAAAAUUACGACAAUCAAAUCUACCGAGUCCAAGAAAACUGAACCAUCAAAGAGAACAACCCAAUCCGAAAUAGCUUCUGCAGCUACUUCUAUUCCUGGUUCGCUAUCUUUCCUCAUGGUUUAUGAGAUUCUUGAAAUUGAUGGCAACGAGGUCAACUUCACUGAUGAACUGACAGAUCCUCAAAGCUCCCUGUAUCAGCAACUUGAAGCUCAAAUUUGUAACUUGGCUCUUGGUGUUUAUGGAGAUCUGUCUGGAUACACAGGAUGCAAUGUGCACAACUUCACAUCUGGAAGUAUUAUCGCGUGGUUCUACACUGAGUUUUUACCAUCAUCUGACGUCACAGAAGCCACUCUUUUGAAUAUUACACUGACCACACUUGAGAAUGGUAAUGGGAGUCUGGAAGCCAAUGGUACCGAAUUUACCAUCGAUAAAAACACUAUUUCCAUUACAGAAAUCAGUGCGCUCACAACUAUUAUACCAAUUUCAACACAGCCAACAGAGGUUACUCCUAAAGAACCAGAAAAUAAAUGGCAGAUUGUUGCAUACAGUAUGAUUGGAGCGGUUGCAUUUCUUCUCCUCGUCGUCAUCCUUCUCGUAUGCUGCGGUGAACGCAUCUUGAGAUCAUGUCGAACCAAUGAUAAGCUUGUCGUAUCGGUCAAUGGUAACCCGGUUUCGAUAAGUGAUGGAGUAGUUGCUGAAGAGGGAUUUUCACCAUGGCAAACGUACAAGUCCCAUAAUUUUGGUUUCUUCCCUGGUGCCUGGACUGCCUCCGACAACGAACACGACCACCAUCCUGACAUGGAGAUGGAGGACAGAACGACCAUUGAAGGUCAGGUACACGACGUCGAUGACGAGUACGAUGACUACUCCGACGACGAAGAUACAGUAUUUGAUGAUACACGAUUUCCACCACCGCCGUCGGCGAUGAUGACGUCAUCACAGAACGAAGGCAUGAUGCAGUCAUAUCCGGCCCAUGUUGAGUUGGGCAUUGAUAAUGCCACAUAUGACAUGGUUUCAGACUGAAUUUUCUGAGGUUAAACGAUUAUGACAGGGUUUCGUAUUCAAAAUAUUUCAUAUGUUGAGCAAUGCAAAAACGUAUGCACGAGAAGUAGAGUAGGCCUAUUGAUUUGAAAUUAGUAGUCCUUAUUAUUAUUGCAUAUGUAGUCUCGGGAGAAACUGACAGGGGCAGUGACUAAUAUCGGUGUACAGGCGGCCGGGAAAGGCACAAUUUGACGGGCGUGGUCUUGCAUUGGUUC